AUGGUUCUCACCAAACAUCAGCUGGAGGGCGCUCUGGCGCAGGAGAGUAUAAUGAUCAAGGCUGGCCAGCUAAAGGAUGAGAACCCAUUGGACACGAGCGAACAAUUCGCCGAGUUCCUGAUUGCCUGUCGCCACGGGGAUCUGAGAAAGUGCCAGGAGCUCAUCAACCUGGGUGUCAACAUCAACGGCAAGGACCGUUUCGACUAUACGCCGCUCAUCAUUGCAAGCCUCUGCGGUCACUAUGAGCUUGUACGACUACUCCUCGAGAGCGGUGCCCUCGCCGAGCGCAACACCUUCCAAGGCGAACGGUGCAUCUACAACGCCCUGAACGACCGCAUCCGCAACCUCCUCCUCCAAUACGACUUCUCCAAGUCGUCAGACCCCUACGUCUACUGGUCGACACACAUAUCUUCGCUCCUAACCAACAGCAACGGCAACGGCAGUACGUCAUCCUCCUCCUCCUCCUCCUCCUCCUCCUCCUCACUGGCGGACAUCGCCCUAGUAGCCGGUAACGACUCGUUCAACCUACACAAGUUCAUCCUCGCCGCGCGCACUCCCUAUUUCUAUAAGAAACUCACGGCGCAGCCCGAGACGACCAGGUGGAACCUGUCACCCUCCAUCCCCGUUGAGGCGUUCCACAUCGCCCUGCGCUACGUGUACCUGGGCAAUCUGCCGCGCGACCUGGUGGGACCGGGCAGCGCCGUGACGGAGGAGGACGUAGUCAGGGGCCUGGACAAGAUCAGCAAGCAGCUCGAGAUCGGCCAGCUGUGGGAGGCCAUCCUGGCCGGCAACGACCGUCGUCUGGCCCGUCAGCGCUACCAGGACGAGGUGCAGAGGGCGAGGGCCCAGGUGGAGAGCUUCUUCAGGGACAAGGUCCUGGGACGCAAGAUGGUCGUCGACACCGCCCGCGUCCCGGAGGUCAAGUGGAAGAGGGACAAUUCCAUCUUUGCCGACGUCCUCCUCCGGGCAGACGAACCCGUCAUCGACGACGACGACGGCUACGAGAAUCAGCAGGAAGAAGAAGUGGAGAAGAAGAACGUGCAGGGCAUCCCGGUCGGCCCACAGCACGUCAGCGGUGCUAGCGACGAGUCUAGGAAUCACCACCACCCCCGCAAAUCGGUCCUGUACCCCGCGCACAAGACGAUGCUCAUCCGCAGCGAGUACUUUGAGCGCAUGUUCUCCGGCGACUUCCUCGAGUCUCGCCAGUCCGACGAUCUGCGCGUCGUAAAGGUCGACUGCACCCCCGACAUCCUCGAGCUCAUCCUCGCGUUCCUGUACACCGAGAGCACCGACGGCAUCACCCUCGACCACGCCCUCGACCUCCUCUACGCCGCCGACAUGCUCUUCCUCGACACGCUCAAGUCGAAAGCCGCCGUCGCCCUGUCCACGCUGGGCAACGGUGCCUCCCCAGACGUCGACCACACCAAGGUGGAGGUGGAGCCCGUCAACAUCUACGACGUCAUCCACGCAGCAUGGGACCUGCAAGUCCAGCGCCUCGAGGAGUUCUCGGCCCGCUACCUGGCCUACCGCCUCGAAGACUACAUUGACGAUGAGGACUUCCACGACCUCAUCCGCGAGAGCGCCUCCCGCCUACGAGCCCGCCAGGAGACGGAUACCAUCGAGCUGCUCGACGACAUACGCUACUACCUGGACGAGAGGUUCCGUCUGCGCUUUGAAGAUACCGGUCUCGAGGACGUCAUGGAUGGUCAGACCCCCGCUGUCCAACCUGGGUCCGAGGGUGAAGUUGCCGCUUCUGCUGCUGCUAUCGCCUCAGACACUACUGCCCCACAAAAGGUCGACAAGGCCGCCAAAGGCAAUGGAGAAGAGGAAGAGGACGACGAGUUCAAAUCCGACGCUAUAAACUAUCAAGUCUUGCUUGGAAAGAUUGAUGAUAUGCUCGACCACCUCAAGCUGGAUGCAUAA